AGCUUUAAGCAGGCUGAGCUCAGGUAAGCAAGCCUCUGCUGCCGUCAAAAGCGCGCAGAGUGCGGCGCAGCAGUGCUGUCACAGUGCUGCAGGCAAAAAUGGCCAAAAAGAAUAAGAGCAAGCCGUCCAAAAACGGCACCAAAGCUGCUGCAAGAGAUGCCACCGCACCAAAGCCGUCGCGGAGCAGCAUCUACGUCGCAGCCGCCGUCGCAGCGAUCGCAGCCGUCGCCGCAGUGUUUCUCAACCGCGACGCGGCCACGGCCCACGCGCAGACGAUCCUGAAAUGCUACGCGAGCAACGACUGUGCCGUGCCACUGCCAAGUUGCGGCGUCGUCACCGCACCAGCGAGCAUCGCACCAGCGCUGCGGGCCAACGACGCCGUCCUGGUCGCCGCCGUAAGAAGCUCCACGACGACGCUCGUGCGCGCCGCGGGCGAGACGCCGCUCGCGACGGGAACGAACGCGAGCGCGAUCGACCGCGCCUUGCUGGCUCUGGACGUCGAGUGCGGCACGAAAAUAGCUACGACGACGUCGCCGCGCCUCAAACAGGUGCUCGCGGUCUUCAAGGAGGUGUCGGGGACGCAGGCGCGCGAGCCGGUGGUCGAGGCUCGGAUAGCGCAGCUCCGGAAGCUCCUCAAGGAUUCUGAUGUUGAUGUCAGGGGCGCGCUCGGCGUGGGCGGCUUCUUCGCGUCGGCGGCUUCAAUGGAGACGGCCGACACGCCUCUGCUGCGCGCCGCGCGGAACUGCGACCCGCGGGCCACGAUGGCUCUGCUCCAGCUCGGCGCGAAUCCGCGCUUACGAGAUGCCCGCGACCUACGCGCAUUAGAUCUGGCGCUGAAGUGCCAGGACCGCAACGUGUUUGGGGUGGCCAAGGUGCUUAUCGACCACUGCGGCAAACCUUGCAUCGACUUUGAGGACGAGACGACGCCCCACGACGGUCUCAAUCCGAUACACCGCGUGUUACUCUUGUGGGCGUCGUCGUGGUUUCCCACGCGGCCGGUCCAGAACCCGUCUCGACGCGGCGUCAGUUUCGUGCCUUCAUCGACGCGAGAACACAUGAGAGCACGCGUCGCGCACUCAAACGCAAGGGCAAGCAGGAUUUCUACCCUCUACGCCAUCGAUCGAGCGGACGUCGCGUCGAUGGCGUGGGGCCGACGCGUGACGCGUCGACGGCGUACCCGUUCGUUCGUGAUCCACGCGAUAACACACGCGUGUGCUGGUGCUCGUGCGCCGUCGCUGGACGAGAGCACGCCACUUAAACGCAAGGAAAACGACGCGAUGCCUCACAGGUGGAACAUGAUGCUCGCCUGGAUGCUCGAGGCCGGCGCCGACGCGACGCAGCCGACGCGCACUCCCUCCAAAGAGGCGCCCCUGCACAUCGCCUGCGCCAAACGAAAUGUCAGAGCCUUAGAACUGCUGCUGGAUUCAUUGGAACGAUCCCAGACCUUGCAAGGAGCUUUGACACAAAAAGACGCCCUCGGCGGCUUCGCCCCCUUACAUGUGUGUGGAGGCUCGUGGAAGAUCUGGUCCGUCACGCUCCCGCGAUUACUGGCGGGCGCCGGCGAGCUGAACACGCAGGCCUUGGAUUUGGAUGAGGCUUGCAUUCCCCUCGUGCGGUCCUUGGCGACGAGCGACGGGCAGCCGGCGCUCGCGACCGCCGAUGUUUUAGCGCAGUGCGGAUUUUAUGGGAGAGCCGUGGCGUUACUUGUCCAGAACGGUGCUCCCGUCGAUGCGCGGGAUUCUCAAAAUAGAACCUUCCUCCACUUUUUGCACCCGCAUUUGGUACGGGACGCGGCGUCGGCACUACCAUCUAUUGACGUGCCGUACAAGGACGUCAUUAGUGGAGCCGUUUCAAAGCAUCCGGACGCUUUACAACUUCUAGCGGAGUCGCGCUUAGAAAGAGAACGGUGGCACGCACCUAAACAAGAACCCGCGCCGCACACCUCUUUCGACGCUUCUGAUCAGAACUGUGAUGAAGUAGUGGCCGUCGCGCAUACGGAUGAUGAGGUACUGGAUGCGAUCCGCAACCACAGACCGGUGAUACGCAGAGACGCGUUGGAUGCAUCAUGGAAUAAAGCGAGAGAGGACUGGGGCGACCGCGCGCGCUUAGAAGCGUUAGGUGGCGGCGCUUUGGUGAGGAGCGGCCCCAUCCCCUACGCGUCGGCCUUCGCAACCACCGAACGCGUGCUGACACUGCGGGAGGCCAUGGCGCGGUCCGCCGACGAGUCGGCAAAUGCGGAAACGCAGCGCAGAAAAAAGAAAGACGUCGAAGCUCCGUCCUACGUCUUCGAGCAGAUCCGGUGGGACGGUGUGAGUACGGACCAUCCGCUGUUCGACGUCAUCAAGGCGCGCGUCGGGGAUUCCCCUGUCAGUGAUAUGAUUAUCCACGACGCGCAGUUCUUCGUCGGCUCGCGCUACAGCGGCGCCCCGGCGCACUACCAUAGUCAUGCCAUGAAUUUCCUAGUAAAAGGCAAGAAGCGGUGGCUGCUCUGGCCGCCGGCGUCGGCGUUAUAUUCUAGAGUGCCCGCCGUGUCGUGGUUGGACAGGAAGGAUGCGAGAGCCUACCAGUGCGUGCAGCCGGAGAACGCGUCGCUCUACGUCCCCGCGGGCUGGGGCCACGCCGUGCUCAACCUCGAGGACCACACGGUCGGCGUCGCUUUGGAAUUUCACGUGGAGGGGGAAUUGGCCUGGUCCUUCGAAUCUCGAGCGACGGAUUUGGUGAGUGCGAGUAGGCGACUGUAAGUGUUUAGGCAAUGG